AUGUCGUCCUCCUUCUUCAACCCCAGCUUCGCCUUCAGCUCGCACUUCGACCCCGACGGCGCCCCGCCCGGCGAGCUCUCCUGGCCGUCCUCCCUGGCCGUGGUGGCCGUGUCCCUGUCGGGGCUCCUCACCGUCGUCGCCCUCAUGCUGGCCUGUCUGUGCUGUAAGAAGGGCGGCAUCGGGUUCAAGGAGUUUGAGAAUGCCGAGGGGGAAGAGUUCGCCGCCGACUUCUCGGCACAGGGCUCCCCGGCGGCCGCCGCUCAGAACGGGCCCGACGUGUACGUCCUCCCGCUCACCGAGGUCUCGCUGCCCAUGGCCAAGCAGCCGGGGCGAUCAGUGCAGCUGCUCCAGUCCCCGGCCCUGGGCCGGCACAGCCUGCUGUACCUGGAGGAGAUCGGCCAUGGCUGGUUCGGGAAGGUGUUCCUGGGCGAGGUGCACUCGGGGCUGAGCGGCGCGCAGGUGGUGGUGAAGGAGCUGAAGGCCAGCGCCAGCGUGCACGAGCAGAUGCACUUCCUGGAGGAGGCGCAGCCCUACCGGGCCCUGCAGCACAGCAACCUGCUCCAGUGCCUGGCCCAGUGCGCGGAGGUGACGCCCUACCUGCUGGUGAUGGAGUUCUGCCCCAUGGGGGACCUCAAGGGCUACCUGCGGAGCUGCCGGCUGGCGGAGCCCCUGGCGCCGGACCCGCUGACGCUGCAGCGCCUGGCCUGCGAGGUAGCCUGCGGCCUCCUGCACCUGCAUCGCAGCAACUACGUGCACAGCGACCUGGCUCUGAGGAACUGCCUGCUCACCGCCGACCUGACAGUGAAGAUCGGAGACUACGGCCUGUCCCACGGCAAAUACAGAGAGGACUACUUUGUGACCGCGGACCAGCUGUGGGUGCCGCUGCGCUGGAUCGCCCCUGAGCUGGUGGACGAGGUGCAUGGCAACCUGCUGGUGGUGGACCAGACCAAGGCCAGCAACGUGUGGUCCCUGGGCGUGACCAUCUGGGAGCUCUUCGAGCUGGGCACGCAGCCCUACCCGCAGCACUCAGACCGGCAGGUGCUGGCCUACGCCGUCCGCGAGCAGCAGCUCAAGCUGCCCAAGCCCCAGCUGCCGCUGGCGCUGUCCGACCGCUGGUACGAGGUGAUGCAGUUCUGCUGGCUGCAGCCCGAGCAGCGGCCCACGGCCGAGGAGGUGCACCUGCUGCUGUCCUACCUGAGCGCCAGGGCCGCCCCGGAGGCCGAGGAGGAAGAGUUCGAGCAGCGCUGGCGCUCCCUGCGGCCCCGCGGGGGCGGCGCGGGCGGGCCGGGGCCGGGCCCGGCGCUGGGGGGCGCGGGCGAGCUGACCACGGCCUCGUCCUUCCCGCUGCUGGAGCAGUUCUCGGGCGACGACGUGCUGACCGUGACCGAGACCAGCUGCGGCCUCAACUUCGAGUACAAGUGGGAGGCAGGCCGCGGCGCCGCCGCCUUCUCGCCGCCAGGGGGCGCGCUGAGCCCGGGCUGCCCCCCGCGCCUCCAGGAGCCCUGUGCCCCCGAGGGCGCGCCCCCGGGCGUGGUGCCCGUUCUCAGCGCGCACAGCCCCUCGGUGGGCAGCGAGUACUUCAUUCGCCUGGAGGAGCCCACGCCCACCGCCGGCCACGACCCCGACUGCGCGGGCUGCGCCCCGAGCUCCCCGGGCCCAGAUCACGAGGAUUCGGACGGCGUGGCCGCCGCGCUGGCUACGGAGCCGCCCCUGGGCCAGACGCUUUCCACCGACGGCCCCUGGGGCCACUCUGACCACCACCCACGCAGGAGCCCCUCCCAGGACCCGCCCUGCCCCUCGCCCUCGCCCUCGCCCUCGCCUGGGGGCCUGAUGCAGGUGGAGGCCAGAGUGGAGGAUGCUGACUGGGGUGUGGGCAUUCUCUGCCCGCCCGUCUUUGGGGACCCCCUGGGGGCAUCCACCUCUGGAACGGCAGGACCCUGGCUGCCCAACAGCAGGGGAGCCCCCGCGUCCUGGGUCCCGGGCUGCACGGGGGGCCGCAUGGACGGCAGCCACGUGGACGGCUGUCCUGGCCGGAAGUGUGCCCUCCAGGCUGUCCCUGAGCUGGGCCACCCCCUGGCCCCAGCGACCCCCCGAGAGCCUCUCCUGGGGCCAGAGGGGGCCUGCUAUGGCCGGGAGCCAGGCCGCGGCCUGGACCUCCCCCGUCUGUGUCCUGCCGAGGGCCCGGCACCUGCCAGGAGCCUGGUCACACACCCCUGGACAGAGGCAGCGGUGAGGGGGAGCCACAGCCCCCCGACAGAGCCGAGGUGUGCAGAGGAGGCCGAGGGCCCUGCUGCACCCCAGUUGCCCCUUCCGUCCAUCCCGACCCCAUCCCUAGAGGGAGCCCUGCUUCCCACGGAGGAGGCCAGCGCCCCCACGGCCCCGCCUGCUUCCCCCACGCCUGCCAGCAGCCAGGCCGCUGCCACGGAGCCAGCCCCCACGUGGGACGGAGGCAGCAGCUCCCUGGAGCUGGAGGCCCCGGGCAGCGAGGACGAGGACACCACGGAGGCCACGUCCGGCGUUUUCACCGACUUGUCCAGCGACGGCCCUCCGGCCGAGAGGCUGGACUCGGCGCCGGCCCUCCGCUCCCUGCAGAGGCAGGUGGGCACGCCCGACUCGCUGGACUCGCUGGACAUCCCGUCCUCGGCCAGCGACGGCGGCUGUGAGGCGUGCAGCCCGCCGGCCGAGGGCAGCUCUGGGGGGCAGCCCCGGGCCCUGGACAGCGGCUACGACACGGAGAACUACGAGUCCCCCGAGUUCGUGCUCAAGGAGGCCCUCGAGCCGGGGGAGCCCGAGGCUUUCGGGGGGCUGGGCCCGGAGGGUGAGAGCCCCGGGCUGGAGACUGCGCUCCCGGCCGCCCUCAGCGAGAAGACCCCCUACCGCGACUCGGCCUACUUCUCGGACCUGGACACGGAGCCGGAGCCCCCACCGGGGUCUGAGAAGGGGGCCGGCGGUGUCCCGGCCCCUGGGCCAGAGCCGGACCUGGGGCGUGCCCAGAGCCCGGGGCCGCGGCCCGCACAGCCGUCGGAGCCCUGGGUGCCCGGGGAGGCGCGGAGCCCUGGCCCCAGAGCGGCGUCACCACUGCCACUUCGGGGGGACUCUUCCCCUGGGCCAAGCGCCUGCCCCCCUGGCCCCAGGCAGGAGGCGGCCUGGCCCCAAGGCCCAGCCCAGGUGCCGCCCGUGCCCGGUCCUGGGCGGUCCAAGGUCUUCCUGCUGACCCCGGUCCCGCGGAGCUCCGAGAGCCACCGCCCCGAGCUCCCGGAGGCCCGCGGGCUGCCGCCCGCGCCGCAGGAAAGGACGGGGGGCCGGGGCGCCCCCAGAGCCCCGCUCUGCCUGGCCCUGGCGGGACUCCCCGCGGCCCCGGAGGGCCGGCUGGAGGACGAGGACGAGGACAGCGAGGACAGCGACGAGUCGGCCGAGGAGCUCCGCUGCUACAGCGUCCAGGAGCCGGGCGAGGACAGCGAGGAGGAGGCGCCGGUGCCCGUGGUGGUGGCCGAGAGCCAGAGCGCGCGCCGCCUGCGCAGCCUGCUCAAGAUGCCCGGCCUGCUGCCCGCCGCCGUCCGCGAGGACCUGGAGCGCAAGAAGAAGGCCGUGUCCUUCUUCGACGACGUCACCGUCUACCUCUUCGACCAGGAGAGCCCCACCCGGGAGCUCGGGGAGCCCUUCCCCGGAGCCAAGGAGUCGCCCGCCGCCUUCCUGCCGGGCAGUCCCAGCGCCCCCGGCGCCCCCAGCCGGCUGCGGCCGCCCGAAGGCUCCCCCAUCCGCCUGACAGGCCCGGAGGGCGGGGCGCUCCCCUGGGAUGACGGCUUCCUGCUGACGCCCGUCCGGGAGCCCGCCCCGGCCGCCCCCGCCGCCCCCCCCAAGCCGGCCGCGCCCGGCCCCUUCUCGCGCUUCACUGUCUCACCCACGGUCUCGCCCACGCCCGCGCCCGCCUCCCGCUUCUCCAUCACGCACGUCUCCGACUCGGACGCCGGCUCCGUGGGAGGCCCUGCGGGACGUGCUGGCGUCAGCUGUGAGGACGCAUGAGG